AUGACAGGCUAUACUUUUGGGCUGACUGGCAUGCCUACGCUAGUUUACGACAGUAACAACACGCUGGACAUACCGACGUUUAUGGAUUGUUUAGGGCCAAAGGAAACUAGCUCAGUGACGUUAUAUACGUCAUCUCAGGAUAACCAGUUCUACCUGACUAACACGAACAACGUCAGGAUAGUCAAUCAUGAUUUAUGGUCUAAAUGUCUACGGGAUCAAGGCGUCGAUACUGAAUUAUGGCUGGCGCCUAAUAUGUACGGCUUGGAUGACGUUGAACAUGUGACUACGAGCACACAAAUGCACACCUUUAAUUAG